GCCGCAGCACGACUGGAAGCGCGCAAAAAGUACACAUACGCCGCCUUCUUCCUCGCCACCAGCCUGGUCUCCUUCACAGUACAAACCGAGCUAGCAGCGUACGUGCAGCACGACCUGGGGUGGGACAAGGCCUACUGCAUGCUGUACCUGACGCACGGAUCAUGGGUGUUCCUCUGGCCGCUGCAGCUGGGUCUGCUGCGGGUGUUGGGAUGGCGGCGGGGGCGGGAGUCGCGGUUGCCGUGGCGGCAGUUCUGGCGCAGUCACCUGCGUUUGCUGAGGCAGACGGCUGCUUUGGUUGAGCGUAGGCCUUUAAGUGGUGGGGUGGGGGGUGCGUAUUAUUCGCCUUGGCCGUACCUGAUCAGGACGACGGCGAUGGUUACGCUGGCGUUGACGGUGGCCGGGUUGACGUGGUAUAUUGCGGUUAGCAUGACUACGCCGAGUGAUCUCACGGCGAUAUACAACUGCAGUGCGUUCUUUGCGUAUGCGUUUUCGGUGCCGUUGUUGAAGGAGAGGCUGAGGCUGGACAAGAUGCUGGCGGUGGCCGUGGCUAUUGUUGGAGUGCUGGUCGUGGCGUACGGGGAUGGCGGGGCGACUUCUCCAGACGACGACUCAGUGGUUGGGCUGGAUCCGGCCAGGCGGUUCAUGGGUAACCUCGUUAUCGGGGUUGGCUCGGUCCUCUACGGGCUCUACGAGGUGCUGUACAAGCGGUUUGCUUGUCCACCUGAGGGCACCAGCGCUGCGAGGGGCGUCAUCUUCGCCAACACCUUUGGCAGCCUGAUUGGGUGCUUCACCUUGUUUGUGCUAUGGAUCCCGCUGCCGAUUCUCCAUGUCUUGGGGUGGGAGACAUUUGAGAUACCGACGGGCCGGACGGCAUGGCUGUUGUUUAUCAGCGUGCUCAUGAACAUGAUGUUCUCGGGCUCGUUUCUCGUUCUCAUUUCGCUUACAAGUCCCGUCCUCAGCUCCGUGGCGGCGUUGCUCACGAUCUUCAUCGUCGCCAUCGCCGAUUGGAUAUGGACGGGCCGGCCCCUUAGCGGUGCUGCUAUCUUUGGUGGAAUGCUGAUUAUUGCAGCGUUCGGUAUGCUCAGCUGGAGUACAUGGCAAGAAAUGAACGAGGAGGAGCGCAAGAAGCAGCUCGACUUGAGCAGCAGUGAGGACGACUAG